AUGGAAACAAAAAUCAUUUCCAAAGAAAACAUCAAACCCUCUUCCCCAACACCAUCCCAUUUGAAAACAUUCGAUCUUUCUGCGUUAGAUCAGAUUGUUUUAAGUCCUUAUGUACCAUUCAUCAUAUACUACCCUAAUAACAAUGGCGACAACUCCAAUCAAGCCCUACAAAAGUCACAGGUUCUAAAGAAGUCUUUAUCUGAGACCUUGACUAAGUUUUACCCACUUGCAGGAACACUCAAGAACGAGGGUUCUAUUGAUUGUAACGAUAUUGGUGCUAACUAUAUUGUAGCUUCGGUCCAGUGUCGUCUCGACGAAUUUCUAAAGCAACCUGAUCACCAUUUGAUCCAUGGCUUUUUGCCAUUUGUACCUAGCUUUGACAAGUCUAGUGUUGGUAAUCAGGUAACAAACGUGCAACUCAACAUUUUUGAAUGUGGUGGGAUUGCCAUUGGGUUAUGUAUUUCCCACAGAAUCGUUGAUGGGGCUUCUGUGUACAUGUUUCUGAAAGCAUGGAGUAACAUGGCUCGUGGAGUUGAAGAAGUCGAGUAUCCAAACUUCACCACACCAUCUCUCUUCCCUGCAAAAGGAUCAUGGCUCAGAGACAUAUUCAUGGGUUUGGGUCGGUCGUUGUUAAAGGAAGGCAAGUGUUCCACAAAGAGGUUUGUAUUCGGGUCGGAUGCUAUCGCUAGAUUGAGAGCCAGAGCAAAGAGUAACGGUGUGCAACGCCCUAGUCGUGUUGAGGUUGUAUCUAGUUUGAUAUGGAAGUGUGCAAUGGAUGCAACUAAAGAAGCAAGUGGUAUCCAGAAGCCUUCUAGUUUAUCACACUUUGUGAAUCUUCGGUCCAAACUUAAAUCCACCUUGUCAAAUAACUUCAUGGGUAACGUGAUUUGGAUUUCAAAUGCUGUGAGUCUCCCUAGUGAUGAGACGCCUUUGCACAGUUUGGUGAAUAAGAAAUCUUUACAAGAAAUGGGUGGGUCCACAGGGGGCAUAGAUAACUAUGGUUUUACGAGUUGGUGCAGGAUGGGUUUCUAUGAAAUUGAUUUUGGUUGGGGAAAACCGAGUUGGGUGACAGGUAUCGUAGGAGAUGGCUCGCCAGUGUUCAUGAAUCUUGUGACACUAAUGGACACGAAAAGUGGUGAAGGUAUAGAAGCAUGGGUGAAUUUGGAUGAAUCGGAGAUGGAGAUUUUAAAGAAGAAUCAAGAGCUACUUUCAUACGCUUCAUUGGAUCCAAGUCCUCUUCUAAAUGGUGAAAUUGGUGCAUUAGGUGCAGGAGUUGACCACAUAACUGACCAAUUUGUAAAGGAAAGUAGAUUCGCUUCAAACGGACUGAUUUUUAAUGCGUAA